CUGAGCAAGGUGGAGUUUGCACUUAUACCCAAUUUUACAUUCUCCAAAGAUCGCGAUGCCACAGUUACAGCAGCCAAGGAGCAGUGGAAGCAAAUCUUUGCACCUUUAUUCCCACGACUGACCGAGCGAGGUAUCUUCCGCGCCAUAGUGAGGGAUUCUUCGUCAAACGGGAAUUUUUGAUCAUUGCGCCGUUGUGUCUCCAGCGGAUACUUCUCGCGUUCGUGGUCUUGUCUUUACUCUGGCAACGAUGAAGGACACGCUCAAGUGGGCCGCCAAGUUUUCUGCCCUCGUCUCGCUGGCUCUUCGAAGUGUCGUCGCACACUUCGGUCUCUUCCACAAUCCCCUACGCCAUAUACAUCAAGCGCUCAACGCCUCCAUAGCGGCCAGGCGAUCCUGGUCCGAAUUCUCCAAAAGACGUCUAUCCGUCCAUUUCGUCGUCUUCACGACGAAGCCGGCAACGCUUAUUCUACCGGGCCAAUUUGGGAGCCGCAGUGGCCCGUGUCUUCGACGAGUGAUCCGAGACGGACUCAGCAGAUCCAUCAGAUAUGUCUCCACUGAGAGACUCCUAAAGGCGAAGUGGCCUGGAAUUUGAUCUCGUGCCAUGGUAUGGAUUCCCGUGCUCGUACGUGCACGACGUCCACAAUAUC